CAGCUCAUCAUCAUUUGUGCUUUGAACUUCUUAAGUGUAAAUUGCUCGAUCGCUUCUGCUCGAGAAAAUUUCGUGAAACCCAAAAACCAAUAAAAAAAAAACAAAAAUGAAAUUCUUUAUGCUUUUGGCCCUGGCCCUUGUGGGCAUCGCCGCUGGAGCUCAGCUGCCCGACUCCGCCACCCAGGGACCCAAUCCCCAGGACAUCGCCACUCCGGAGCCGGAGUACAUCGAUAUCGAUGAGCCUGCGCCUGCGCCGGCGGCUUCCGCUCCUGCCCCUCGUCCUGUGGCCGCUGCCCCACGUCCUGUGUUUGCUGCCCCCGCUCCCAUCCCCCGUCCUGUGGCUCGUCCCGUGGCCGUGGCCCAGUCCUUCGUCCAGCAACCCAUCGUCCAGCGGGCCCAGUACCUGGCGCCAGUGGCCCAGCAACAGGUGGUCGUGCCACAGCAGCAACAGCUGGUGGGCCACACCUACAACAGCAGGGCCGGCUACCAGUACCGCCGUCCAGUCUAUCAUUAACAAUUUUACCUAAAUCAAACACACAUUAAACCACGCACUGAUCACCACUAUCAAAACUAUCAAACUAUCUUAUUUAACCUAUCCUAAUCCUAGAACGAAACCAUCAAAGAAACGACCAACAAGAACAAGACAAGAUCAAAAGCAUAAAGAGCGAAGUACAAAGAGACAAAUGAUGUUCUAAAGACAAAGAUCGAAAAACGAAGUAUUCAGUUAUUGUUGAAUUGCCAAGUAAAGUACGAAUAAAUAAACGUAAAUUAUUUGUAAAAAUGAUAAACAUA